UUCAAGCGUGGUCCCUCUGCAUCAAGAGUUUGUAUACUGUGGACAACCCUCAAGUUGAUUGUAGUCCACGUGAAACCGGCGUUUGAGGAGUUUGAUGUUGUGAGGUGAAUUGUUUCUCUGGAGUAGUCUAUUGGAUCUGCAGGGUUUGCCUUUAUAGGUGUUCAUCUCAAAGCAAGGGCCCUCAAGCAAGACCAAGAGAAUGUUCGAUAUCGGCUUAUUAUUUGUGAUGAUAUUUGGACUGUCAGGGCGAGUUCUGGCUAAAGACACAGUCACAAAAGGAAGGUUCAGUUCUCCAGUAUUGGAUGUUACAGAGAAGCAGCUUAUUAUAGAGAGAAAUCAGACACUUCAGCUAAACUGCAGGGGACGGUGGGAGCUCCAGUGGGUUAUGCCGUCUGGUGUUCCAAAAGUCUACCAUGGCACCCAAAUAGAGGAGUCUCCUUGUGGGAAGAAAAAUAACCAGUACUGUAGCCGCCUGACCCUCAGUCCUGCUUUAGCUCAACACACUGGCUCUUACCGCUGCAGGUACCGUCAUAAGCAGCGCAAACAAGCCUCUGUGUAUGUCUACAUCACAGAUAGUCAGCGGCCGUUUGUGAAGGUGCAGUCUGAGAUCCCAGAUGUGGUGUACAUGAAGGAGAGAGAGCCCUUGAUCUUCCCCUGCAGGGUCACAAACCCAGAUGCCAAAGUCUCAUUGGUCAAGUUUCCUGACUACCGGUUAGAUCCUGAUCACAGAAACAUAAUCUGGAACAGUAGACAAGGUUUCAUCAUCCGUAGUCCCACAUUCUUCUACAUUGGACUUUUCUCCUGCGAGACUAUCAUUAAUGGAGUCAUAUACACCAACAAGUUCUUGACUUACAGGCCAGUGAAUAAGAUCCUGAACGUCUAUUUAAACAGCACUGGUUUGGUCCAUAAGUUACAGGGGGAGAUGUUAGCACUGAAUUGCACUGUUACAGCCGAAUGGAACUCCAGAGUGUCCAUUAGCUGGACUUACCCAGGAAAGGUUAAUGGCUCUGCCACUAUCAGCAGUCGCAUAUCAAGGAGCAGAACCAACAUGCUGUUUUACAGUAUUCUCACCAUUCCCAGACUAAGCAAAGCAGACAGAGGACUCUACAAAUGUCAUGUGACAAGUGGUCCAUCCAAGCGAGAGACUAAUACCACAGUUAUUGUUUAUGAUCAACCUUUCAUUCGACUCAAGCACAGAGAUGGUCCUGUGGUUCAGGCUUUAGCAGGACAAAAAUCUUUCCGCCUUACUCCAAAACUAAGGGCUUUUCCUGCACCAGAAAUCAUCUGGUUGAAGGAUGGUAUGGUGGCAGCCGAGCAUUGUUCUCGUUACCAUGUGGACAUGUUUUCUCUGGUCAUUCGGGAUGUUGCUGAAGAAGAUGCAGGAAUCUACACCAUCCUAACUGGAAUCCAGCAGUAUGGGCUUUUCCAGAACCUCACAAUCACAUUGGUGGUAAAUGUGAAGCCACAGAUUGAGGAGAAGACAUUGUCCCCACAGCUCCCCGGGACUGUCCAGCGAGGCAGCAGACAAGCCCUGCACUGCACCUCUUAUGGUGUUCCACCACCUCAAAUCCAAUGGCUCUGGCAUCCGUGCCCACCUAAAGGCCUAUGCGAGAAACCUCCUCCUUCCUCCUGGACUGCAGUCAGCGAGAGGACAGAAGUCACAUCCACCCACAAUCCCAUCCUGACUAUCAGCUACAGACAAGAAGUGAUACAAGGGAAAAAUAAGACUUUAGGGGUUCUGACAGUUGCUGAAGCACUGAUAUCCGGAAUCUAUCGCUGUGUUGCAUCCAACCUCAUGGGCAGAGAUGAACUAGACAUUCUUUUCUAUGUCACAGAUGUUGAAGGAGACUUCAUCGCAUCUUUAGAGGAAGAGCCCAGAGAGGGUGGGGACCUUCGUCUGGUCUGUACGGCCAAUAAGCACCUCUAUUCAGGCAUGUCAUGGUAUAGAAUAACGAAUCACUCCACAGCAUCAGAGGGAAGUUCAGUUCUUGAAGGGGAGCUUACUGAGGGGGAGUUCUCCCUUACUCUGCACCUUCUGUUGAAGAAUGUGACCACAGAGGAUUCAGGAACAUACCGCUGUGCAGGCAAACACUUGCUUACAGGAGAACACGAACACCUAGAUACACCAGUGGAGGUCACAGUUCUGCAGGCUCCAGUGCUGCUAAAAAAUCUGAGUGAUCACAGUGUUAACAUUAGCAACUCAGUCACUCUCCAUUGCCCCGCUCAGGGAAUUCCACAUCCCGUUAUCACAUGGUAUAAAGACCAAAAGAAGCUCCACCAGUUGUCAGGAAUUAUGCUGUUACCAAAGGAAGGUACUCUUCAUAUUGACAGAAUUACAGCUGAAGAUGAGGGACUUUAUACCUGUGAGGCCACUAAUGAGAAGGGAUCUGUUGAAAGCUCUGCCCACAUUUGGGUUCACAGUUCAUCUGAAUUCCUUUCUAUGGAGAUCCCAACUCUGGCAUCUACAUGUGUGGUGGCCACUCUCUACUGGCUGCUUCUUACACUUCUGAUUCGUAAACUUAAACAGUCAAAUGUUAAUGGCAGAGCAGAGUACCUGCCAAUCAUCCUGCACCCAGGGGAGGAGCCUCUGGAUGAGAACUGCGAUAGGUUACAUUAUGACCCUGCCCAAUGGGAGUUUCCACGUGACCACCUUAAAUUGGAAAAGCCCCUGGGGCGAGGGGCAUUUGGGCGAGUAAUGCAGGCAUCAGCUUUUGGCAUUCGCAAUUCAGCCAGCUGCACCACAGUGGCAGUCAAAAUGCUUAAAGAUGGUGCUACACCCAGUGAACACAAGGCUCUGAUGACGGAACUCAAGAUCCUCAAUCAUAUUGGUCAUCACCUAAAUGUGGUCAAUCUUCUGGGUGCAUGCACCAAACCAGGAGGGCCUCUGAUGGUCAUAGUGGAAUUCUGCAAGUUCGGCAACCUGUCUGCAUACCUUAAGAGCAAACGAGAGGUGUUCCUUUUAAAUAGGGUGAACAGAGAAGAGAAGGGAAGAAUGAAGGAGGGAUGUAAGGGACGACUGGCCAGCGUGUCCAGCAGCCAGAGCAAUGCCAGUUCAGGGUUUUGUGAGGAGAGAGGAGAGAGCUCAGAUGAGGACAGUGAAUUCAACAGUCCAUUGCUGCUUGAAGACCUGAUAUCUUACAGCUUUCAGGUGGCCAAAGGUAUGGAUUUUCUCGUCUCACGCAAGUGCAUUCAUCGUGAUCUUGCUGCCAGAAACAUCUUGCUGACCAAUAAUAAUGUGGUUAAGAUCUGUGAUUUUGGCCUGGCCCGAGAUGUCUACAAAGACCCUGACUAUGUGAGGAAGGGAGAUGCACGGUUACCGCUGAAGUGGAUGGCCCCUGAAUCAAUCUUUGAUAAAGUUUUCACCACUCAGAGUGACGUGUGGUCAUAUGGAGUUCUCCUCUGGGAGAUUUUCUCACUUGGAGCAUCUCCAUACCCAGGGCUGAACAUUGAUGAGGAGUUUUGCCACAGACUAAAACAGGGAACACGAAUGUGUCCUCCUGAGCACAGCACUGCUGAGAUUUACAGCAUCAUGAGGGCAUGCUGGGAGAAUAACCCUGAGGACAGACCCUCUUUCACUACUUUAGUGGAAAUACUGGGAGACCUUUUGCUGACUUGUGUCCAACAGGAUGGGAAGGAUUAUAUUCCACUGAACACUUUUCUUUCUGGAGAGAGCAACAAUGUCUCAGAGCACCUUGACCAGAAAGACACCAACCAAACAACUCUUUGGACUCCAAGCUGCAUUGACUCUGGGAAAAUUAAAGUCAUGAACACUUUUGAGGAGGAUCUACACAAAGAAAUCCCUAAUAACAACCAGUCUGACAGUGGAAUGGUUCUCCCAUCUGAAGAGUUCAUUCGGGUGAAAUGGACAGACAGGUUCAAAACCAAAAACAUCACUAAGUUCUUCUCCAAAGGUCAUAACCAGUGCGGGAGGCUGCCUGCAAAAAUGCUGACUUGUAUGAAUAGUGCCCCCUGUUGUCAUCAAGGGGAUGUUCCUAAUGCUUUUCCUUAUGUUUGUUACUCAGAGAAGUGUUGCUGUCACCCACCAGACUUUGAAGCUGCUCUCCUUUACCCAUGUUUCUAGCAAGUCAAGUCAUUUGUAUUUGUAUAGCGCCUUUAACAACACACAUCGUUUCAAAGCAGCUUUAUAGUAGAUCAUGCAUUAACAGAAGAUAAAACUGUAAUAUAUAUAAUGUCUUAGUCAUCAUCGUGUAGUUUGAUAAAAUACCAUUUUUAAUUGUAACAGUGAGCAAGCCAAGGGCAACUGUGGCAAUGAACACAAAACUCCAGAUGAUGUUGAUUCAUGGAGAAAAACUUUGGGAGAAUCGACUCACUGUGGGGGCCAGUUCUCCUCUGACUAACAGCAUUAAUAUAAUGCCUAUAUUACUUAUGUAUAGGGCAAGUCAUGGUUUAAAAUGAUUAAACUAAGGGUUAAGGGACAAUGUUUAAACAUAGAUUUUGUAUGAACUCUAAGAUUAAUGACCAAUGUCUUUUGAAGUUCACAUAGAUGCAAUUGUCUUUGUUAGUUGUUUGAUGAAGGGUUUUUUUGGCAGUUAAUUGAUAGUUUAUGUAUUCCAUUUUAAGAGUGUAGUCCAUCAUUAGACUGAGGUGAUGCAGGCAGAGAUCAAUGAGGUGCAUCACAGUUCAACCUGGCCGGUAAUUUCGGUGAGGUCUAUCGUAAGUCCAAGGUUCAGGCAGUGGCAUAUGAUGGAUGUGUCCCAUGUCUUAUGGUUGGAGUUGGCAACAGUUCAUCCUCUGAAGUCCAUUGUAAUGUCUAGCACACUUACAUCAGCCAGCCUGACAGCAAACACCAUCUAACAGCCAUUACCAUUUAAAAAAAAUUUUUUUAUCUGGACUGUUUUGAUUCGGUUCCUUGUUUUGCUAGAAUUUUUGAAAGCAUUAUUUUAUUCCUCACUCUCUCUCUCGGACUUGUGUGAAACAUUCUGCUUUAAAACAAUUUCAGAUGAAAUGCUGAUCAGUAGUUGGAAGUGUCGAGAAAGAAAAAAAUAUAUAUUUUUAAAGGAAUUUUCUGGUUAAACUCAACAGUCAGCAUUCCUGGCAUAAUGUUGAUUACCACAAAAAGUAAUUUAGAUUUGUCCGUCCUUUGAAGAAAACAGGUUACAGUGAGACACUUACAAUGGAAGUCAAUGGGGCCAAUUUUUGGAGGGUUUAAUGGUAGAAAUGUGACGCUAAAAGCACUUUAAUUCUUCUGAGCUGUAAAGUUGUUUAAAUCAUAAUUUUUUACAAUGGUUUUAGGGUUUGUUGAUAUUACAUCGUCAUAACAUUGGCUUUUACGUUACACAGAAAAGGUUAGCAAGCAAUUUGAAUCGCACAAAUCAUGCGCAUAUUGUUUACGUGUUGUGGCUAUACUUUUGAAACAGUAUUUUAACGUUUAUGGAUUACCCCAUUAACUUCCAUUGUAAGUGCAUCACAGGAAUCCAUUGAUUUUUGUUUUUCAAAAAAGUAGGGGCAAGUCAAAAUAAAUGUUUGUGGUAAUCAAUGUUAUGCCACAAUUGUUGUUGAUUGAGCUCGACUUGUAGAACCUUAAAUAGUCCUUUAAAUUCCUGUAUUUAAAUAUAAUACUCUCACUUAAACCAACAUUAAUCAACAGCAUAUAUCUUAAAUUGUGUUUUUGUUUUAUAAUCACAGAGCAGCUUAUUUAUUGGUCACUGCUUAACUGUAGAUCACUGUUUUUGUGCUGCAAAAGCCAUAUGCUGGAAAAGUUCACCAUAAAAUAUGUAUUUACAUUUAUUAUAGUAUCCACUGAACAUACUACUGGAUCUAUGGAGUAUUUAAAUGCUGAAUAAAUGAAGAUCCCUGGUUAUGAAUAAUCUUAGAUUUAGGGGCAAAUCUAAAAAUCACAAUAGCUUGUUUUCCCUGAUCCUUUGGACUUUGACCACAACAUUGACAAUGCAAGAAGACUUUUUAUUUUUUAUAAAAAAAUAAAAAUAAUCAAGGAGAACACAUAGUGGGAUGCCUAAUUUUUUUUUGCAAUGCUUCCUGUAAUAAUGUACAACUCUACUGCGUGCUGUAAAUUAUUGCACGCAGUAUUGUAGAAGAAAAGUUUGAGUAAUGAAAUAAGUUGUUUGUCAAUAUGUGUGUUUGGAUAUUUAUCCUGGAACAUCUUAAAAGGGAUAGUUAACUAAAAAUGAUCAUUUUAGUCCAUAUAAUGCCCUUUAAUGCCAUCUCAAAUUCAAACGACUGUUCUUCUGCUUAACACAAAGAUAUUUGGAAAAAUAGGUUUUAAUCCAUAUAAUUAGGUCAAUGGGGUCCAAAACUGUCAAGCUGCAAAAAUUACAUGAAGGUAGCAUAAAAGUAAUCCAUAGACUUCAUCAGUUUAAUCCAUGUCCUCUGAAGUGAUAUUAUAGCUUUGGGUGAGAAAUAAAGCAAAAAAAAUCUGUCCUUAUUUACCAAAAAAAAAAAAAAAAAAAAAAACUCACUUUGUCCAGCUCUACUACACACAUUCAUGAGACACUCGUUCACCCGUCCUUACUCUUGAUGCAUGCAUGUUCGCAUGUUCAUUUGAGAAAUUCCGGUUGUACCGCGCACGUGUAAGUUCUUGUGUUGGAUGACAUAUGGGUGAGUAAAUUUUGCAAAUUAUAAUUUUUAGGUGAACUAUCCCUUUAAGGGAAAAUACAUGGGCUGUUUUGUGCAGAGAACAUGUUACCUAAUGACUUCCACAAAAUAGCUGCCCAUACAUCCAGUAUUGUAU